GUUUUUCUUUAUGCUAAAGAUAGUUCUUAAUGGCUUUGGCUGUAUGUUUGGGGUCAUUGUCCUGCUGCAGAAUACAUUUGGGGUAAAUGAACAAUCUUUAUAUUUCUGAAACCAUUCUUUGCUCAGAGCAUUUUUUCCACACCUGCCUAAAACUUUUGCAUAGUACUGUAUAUUUGCAUUUCAAGUUAUGAAAACAAUUUACUAAACAUGUCUGGUUGUAACCGUAAAAAAAAAGAAGCUACUACUAGGAUUUUAUGUUUUUGUGUGAUUUAAGAUCAGUUGUGUGAAUACAGUACGUCAAUGAAAAAAUAACUGUAAAUUCAGACAUUUGAGGUUAUUAACAAUAAAGUUGGAGAAGGGAAGUUUAGAAAUCAAGUUUAAAUAAGUAAAUUAUCAACUUUUUCUACAGGAAUGCUAACAACUCAUCAAAAUUUAAGGACAUCAUCACUAAAAGUGAUCUGAUCUGUUCACGACCUCGUGCUGUCUACCAGCUGAGACCAAAGAAAGGGAAUUUUAAAACUCAACAGAAAAAAAUGACUGUUGGUGAAAAAAAUCCAAAGAAGAAAAAUAAAACCAUCUUACUUGUCGGUGAAACAGGAGCAGGAAAAUCUACUCUGAUCAACACUCUGUUUAAUUACAGCAUGGGAGUGAAGUGGGAGGAUCAAAUCUGGUUUCAGAUCGUACAGGAGGAGGAGAAAAGUCAGGGAAAAAGUCAGACAUCUGAUGUAAUCGUGUACGAGAUCUUUGAUUUUGAAGAUAAAAUUCUGCCCUACUCUCUGACCAUCGUCGAUACUCCUGGAUAUGGAGAUACCAGAGGGUUUAAAUGUGAUGACAUCAUCCGUGAAAGAUUAUUGGACUUGUUUCGAUCAGAUGAUGGAGUUCAUGAAGUUCAUGUGGUGGGUGUGGUGAUGAAGGCGAGUGAUAAUCGACUGAGUGACCGACUGAUGUACAGCUUUGAUUCAGUGAUGUCUCUGUUUGGAAAUGACAUGGAGAAAAACAUUGUAGCUCUUAUCACACACUCAAAUGCAUUAAAACAAAAAUCUGCAAUCAACAUUCUUAAGGCUGGAAAAAUUAAAUGUGCCAAAAAUGAGAAGGAUAACCCAGUUUACUUCCUGUUUGAUAACUGCCAGGAUGCAGGGCAAACAGAGGAAGAGGAUGAAGAAGAAGAGGAGGAGGAAGAAGAAGUCUUAGAAGCAUUGUGGUGUGCUGAUAAGAUUUCAACAAAAGGCAUGACAAAGUUCACAGAGUUUCUGGGAAAAACUGAAUCUCAAAAACUGAAGACAACUGCUCAAGUGUUGGAUGAACGAAUUAGACUGACAGCCUGCAUCCAAAACCUACAAGAGAGAAUCAACCUGACUGAGCUGAAACAGUCAGAAAUCAGACAGAUUCAAGAAGCUCUGCAGGAACAUGAAGAAGAGAUGAAGAAGAAUAAAGAGUUCACUGUAGAAAUUGAUGAAGUCUACAAAGAAAAACAAAAUAUCAAAAGUGGAACUAAGUGGUUGGUUUUUUAUGAAGGAGCUGUCUGCUGUACAGUCUGUGAGGAGAACUGUCACUAUCCUGGCUGCACAAAGGCCUGGAAACCUCAACACUGUGAGGUCAUGAGAGGAGGCCGAUGCACUGUUUGUACCGAGAAGUGUCCUGCAUCAGAUCAUGUGAAAGGAAACUGGAUCUAUGCGAUCAAGACAAGGAGAGUUCAGAAGACGAUAGAAGAUAUAAAAGAGAAGUAUGGCAAGCAUAAAUCAGAAAGUGAGAACAGGUUGAGUCUUUUGGAAAAUCUUGAAAAGGAAUUGAACCAACUGACAACAGAGAAGUCAAAGUUACUGGAUGAGUCCUACCAACAUAUUGUCACACUGGAGCACCUCGCUCUCAAAGUUGAUACUUGGUCCACUAUUGUCCACUUGGACCUCCUGAUUGAGAAGUUGAAGGAGAAAGGAGACACAGAGAAGGUCCAGAAACUGGAGGCGAUGAGAAGCAGAGUGGAUGAAGGAACCAGAGCAGCUCUGAGAUACAGACAGGUACAGGUACCUAUGUCUAGGUAGAGUGAAAUAGGUAAACAAAAAAAAAAGUGAACUAAAAAAACUCAAUUUCAUUACAUUUGCUUAACGAAAUCAUGAAAACUUUGUGAAAAGAGAGAUUUCUAAGUGAUAUCUUUUGCUUUAGUGAAAAUCUGUUUUUACCUCGGUCUAACUGUCAUUACAGUCUAAAUACAAUUAUACACUUUGAUCCACCUACUACUCAAGACUUUGUUUAAACAAAUCCUUUAUUAUAACCCCAGAAGGUGGAACCAUCUGCACUGUUAGAGUCAACAGUAGCUAGCCACCACAUAGCACAUCAUUAUAUACCAGCUAGCCCAACUUCAGUAACCCUAUAAACACCACUGCUGUUUAGUUUUCUCUCUUGUCUUGUUUGCCUUUUUCAUGUUAAAGUCCAGGUACAGUCAUGAAAGUGCUCAGUUCUUCUUAUUCAUCAGUAUAUUCAAUAUCCAUGUGGUGCAGGUCCUUUCUCAUUGCACUGUAAAUAAAACCAUUGCAUUGUUUUCUUGUUAUGUAUUCAGAAUGUUGCUUGGUAGUUAACUGUAGCUCAGCUGUAUUUGUAGUAAUUUCAACUUCUACCUGUAAAACACAGUAAUAACACUGUUACUGCAAGAUUUCAGUGGGAUCUGUAGUCAUUGUUAUGCUCCUGUCAUAAUUUAGUUUGUUCAAAUUCUCUAUAUUCUGUCCCUCCACAUUAAAUUAUCUCCUUCUUGAUGG